GGCGUCGCUCAUCACUCUUCGCUUGCGUUAAUACUUCCAGUUCCAUACUUUGAGUUCUGUAGUCGAAGUUUUGUUUACUUUUCGCUAUGGCAUCUCGUUGUUAUUUUCCCCUUUUAUCAUCCAGACAGGUAUUUAAAUUUUUACGAAAUCGGUCUAAUGUUAAUAAUACCAGAAAAUUCACUGAAAAUCUCAGAGAACCAGCUCAACCUUUAGGAGAUAAACAACCAAAAUGGAUGUCCGCCGAAGAAGCGGUGAAAGUUGUUAAAACCGGAGAUACUGUAUUUGUCCAAGGUGCAGCUGCAACACCUCGUGUUCUGGUUCCAGCUUUAGCUGAGCAUGGUAAAAAGUCUGGAUUGAAAAAUGUCACAGUAUGUCACAUUCAUACAGAAGGAGCUGCUGAGUAUAAUCAUCCUGAGUGUGCAGGAAUAUUUCGCAGUAACUCCUUCUUUGUUGGUGCCAAUUGCAGAGAAGCUAUCAAUUCAGGAAGAGGAGAUUUUGUUCCUAUUUUCUUGAGUGAAAUUCCAUUACUAUUCCAUAGAAAAAUUGUACCAGUUGAUGUAGCAAUGGUACAGAUUACUCCAGCUGACAGCCAUGGCUAUUGCAGCAUAGGAACCAGUGUGGACUGUACAAGAGCUGCUCUUAUGCAUGCUAAAUAUGUCAUUGGCCAAGUAAAUCCUCGCUUGCCUCGAACAUUUGGAGAUGCAACUAUACAUAUAUCGCAUUUUGAUGCUUUGGUUGAAGGUGAGCGAGAAUUGCCAGAACACAAAGCAGAUGUUUUAACUGAUGUUGAGCUCAACAUUGGCAAAUUGAUAGCUAACAACUUAGUAGAAAAUGGAGCAACUUUGCAGAUGGGAAUUGGCUCAAUUCCUGAUGCUGUAUUGGCUAGUUUAAAAAAUCACAAAGACCUAGGAAUUCAUUCUGAGAUGUUCAGUGAUGGUGUAGUUGAUCUAGUCAAUACUGGAUGCAUUAAUAAUAAAUAUAAAGCUGUGUAUGCUGGAAAAAUUGUUGGAAGUUUUACCAUUGGAACCCGCAAGCUAUUUGACUUCAUGGACAAUAAUCCAUUUGUUGUUAUGCUGAAUGUGGACUAUGUGAACCAUUCUGACAACAUUGCCAUAAAUCCUAAAAUGACUGCUAUCAACUCAUGUAUUGAAGUUGAUUUAACUGGACAAGUAUGCUCAGAUUCCAUUGGAACUAGAAUUUAUUCAGGUGUUGGAGGUCAAAUUGAUUUUCUUCGAGGUGCUGCUAUGGGAAAAGAUGGAAAAGGAAAGCCUAUUUUAGCAAUGCCUUCUUGUACAAGCAAAGGGGAAUCAAAGAUUGUACCAUUCAUUAAGCAAGGUGGUGGAGUGGUAACAUCUCGUUCUCAUAUUCAUUAUCUUGUUACGGAACAUGGCAUUGCUGAUCUUUUCGGCAAAAACAUUAGACAGCGUGCGUACCAUCUCAUUCAAAUCGCUCAUCCUAAGCAUCGUGAAGCUCUGGAGAAAGCUGCUUUUGAAAGGCUGAAAUGUAUGCCUUCACCGUAAGGAUAUUAAACUUUCCAACAAGUUAAAAAGGACUUGACCAACUGGGUACAAAAAAAAUGUACAUGUUUGUAUGUGUAGUACAGUAUUGAAUACACAAGCACUUCAUAUCAUGGCUUAGUGAUUUCAACUGAUGUUGCUUUUAGAUUAAAUUAUAAAUACAUUUUGCAGAUUGCAAUCCCCGUUUUUCUUUCUAUUUGAAAAUUUUGAUAUUUUUGUUCCCAUUUGAAUUUUUCUUCAGUUGAUAGAAAGGCCUAUAUGUAAGCUUUAUUUUUAAAAUUUAUAAUGAUGUUAAAAUUAUUAUGCUGUUAAAAUGGUUGUAUUAGUGUUGUUUGUUACUCCAUUUAAUUUUUAUUAAUGUAUUUUAUUUUGAAUGCUUUUUUUUUAAGUAUUUGUUAAAAUUUGCUUUUCAUAUUUAUAAUGUCUAAUUUUUUAACACUUAAGUUAUUGUCUAACAUCUGGUAAUAAAAUAGUUCAUUUGUACUUAUUUUAAAAAUCAUUUACACUUUGCCAUAAAAUAAUUAUAGUAUCAACUGCAAAAUUUAGAUGACAUCUGAUCUAGUCUUGUAAAGUAAAUAGUGAAUAAAGUCCUAUUAGUUUUUUUUUUUUAAUAUAUUUCUUUUGUGAGAUAGUUUUUGUAAUGUGACAUAAAACAUACUACUAUAUUUUGUAACACGUUGUGCCAUGUAGUGUAUGAAAACUGUAAUUUGGAAAGCAAUUUAUGGUAUGGUAAUAAAGUAUUGUUUUUACAACUUGAGAA